CGCAGCCCGUUCAGAGGCAGCAGAGUGUUGGGAACUCCAGCAGCUCCGCUUCGUAUAUUUCCACUGACCGUCUGUUUAAAGGAUUCAUUCAUCAGAGUCAGAGCUGCAGCUCGGUCUGCCCGGACAGGACCCAUCCAUUCAUCCGCAUCUCGCUGCGCACUUCUCUCCCUCCAUCCAAAGGCGAGCCGCGUCCGCGUCCGCUUCCGAGAAGGUCACACGCAUCAUUUUUGAUCAACGGAACCACCAACUUUUUGUUUAUUUUUUCUCCAUUCUUGUUCACCUGAUCGCUGCUUGAUCACAGAGGGCUCAUUGCUGCAAUCACUGACUCCGCUUCCUCCUGUGUCGACGAGAGGAUGAUCGGCUGACCUCUGAGUUCACUGAGCUUCACCGGUUGCAGCUGCUGUCAUGGCCAAAAGCCCGGAGGUGAAACUGGCCGUCUUUGGCAGAGCAGGGGUAGGCAAAUCAGCUUUGGUGGUGAGAUUUCUGACCAGACGCUUCAUCUGGGAGUACGAUCCAACGCUUGAGUCAACAUAUCGCCACCAAGCCAAUAUUGAUGAUGAGGUCGUCACCAUGGAGAUUCUGGACACUGCGGGGCAGGAGGACAUCCAGCAGAAAGAGGGUCACAUGCGUUGGGGUGACGGAUUUGUCAUUGUGUACGACAUCACUGACCGGGGAAGCUUCGAGGAGGUGGCGCCGCUCCGAAGUCUCCUAGAGGAGGUGAAGAAGCCAAAGAAUGUCCCCCUGGUUCUGGUGGGCAACAAGUCUGACCUGGACCACGUCCGGCAGGUCGGGACAGAGGAAGGAGAGCGCCUGGCCGCGGAAAUGGCAUGUGCCUUCUACGAAUGUUCAGCCUGUGCCGAUGAGGGUGGCGCCGUGGCCGAGGCUUUCCACGAGCUCUGCCGAGAGGUGAGACGCCGCAAAGCCGUCCAGGGCAAGGCCAGACGCCGCAGCUCAACCACCCAUGUCAAACAGGCCAUCAACAAGAUGCUGACCAAGAUCAGCAGCUAGGAACGAGCCACGCUACCGUGUAAGAACAAAAAAACGUAAAGCUUACUCAUAAAAUGUGUUGGACAAUUAUUGUUUGUAAAACGGACCAAAUAUGACCGAUUUUAUGUUGAACUCAUUCUUUUGUGAUUCUCUGAUCCUCCUUCCCCUUGGCCCGAGUGCAGUGUCUCUUUCAUCGGGAAGAUGUUAAUGAUAUUUGGGACACUUGACGAAUGAUAUCUUACAGAAACCUCAGUGGAUCAGAACAAUUCUGGAUACCAUUGACCUUCUUGUAUACUUUUAUCCAACUUUCUCUCUCACCUUAUCAAUAAGGCAAAGGAAAGUCCGAAAACGAUGCAUGCAAGCUGUCCCAAUACGCAUGCAGGAAAUCCAAGAAUUUAAUGAUAUUGCACAGGAAGACUUUUGAUUUUGUUCCUUCUAUCUUGUCUGUAGAGGGAUAUUGUAAUGUGCUUUGGCGAAUGUGUCUAACUGUUCUGUCAGCAGUGGUCAAAGAAAAUUCAGAUCAGAUCAGAGAACUACUGUUAGUGUAAGGUAGAUAUACCGUGGUUCAUCCAUGUCAGUUCUAGGCAGAUCCAAGAAUUGUCGAUGUCUGUCCUGAAAGCAAAUCUUGUGACGAAGUCCACUAUGUAUUGUUGACGUUAGCUGUUCUGGAACGGACUGUCAGGCUUCCCAGGGCACAUGGAACUCGAGAUCUUUUCCUUGAGGAACCAAAGCACAGGUUCUCUAAACACACAAAGGGAAGCAAUCUUACAUUCUACAGAUGUACAUGUAUGGCUGUAAUAAUAAUACUGUCAACUGCAGCAAGUAUGACUUAGUGUAUAGCCAUAAGCACUUAUGUGUCUUGGAAAUGUACAAAACCCAAAGAUGUCUACAGUAGAAGAUACUGUAAUUGUUCAAAUGUGAUAUAUAUAUGUGUCGAUCAAAACAAUCAGCUGUGCACCUGUAAAUAAAAUGGAUAUAUCCCACCA